CAGCACUCCAUCCCGCCUCAAACACACGGCGAUGGCUCUACAGGAUCCAUCUGCGACCGCCCAUGUCUUGAUGUUCUAUCGAGCUGCCCCCCGCUGAGCGUUCCCCCAGAGUCUCAACUGGUCAUCUCCAACCAUUCUACCUGCGUACAUAGUCGGGCCCCAGUUUGUCAAAAUUCCCACAACACCGCCCCCCGCCCAUCUGUCCCCAAGGGCGUCAAUGGAGCACUUUCUCGACGACUUUCCUCCGCCUGCUGCGGAGGGGUUAUCGAUGUCAGCCAAUUCCACGCCCGUAAUCCGAGCUGGAGGCGAUGGACCGCUCUGCCCGCCUGCUCCGCAGUCCGCCACAUCCACACCCAAGGCGCCAGCCCGACGCAAGCACUACACCAUCAGCAGUGGCAAGCCGAUCACCCGCACCCGAGUCAGCUACUCGUGCCACACUUGCCGCAGGCGUAAGGUCAAAUGCGACAAGGUCCAUCCUAUGUGCGGGAACUGUCUGAAGAACGGCUCCGAAUGCGUCUACGACUCGAGGUCGCUUCUGCAGCAAAACCGGUCUUCACAGGAUCACCACAGCCGGGUCAAACGGCGCAGAGAGCCUCCCAAGCCCGCCGAGGCAUCCCUGGCCGAAAUCCUCUCCCCAUAUGCGGGGGUACAGGGGUCCCUUGGGCUGGGGGAGCAGAAAUCUGGCUCAGGAGAGAUUGCCGCGCGGCUGGACCGGCUCACCUCGAUGAUCGAACGCUUGAGUAGGACGAAUGCUCCGCUUACACCGCAGGAAAGUGACCCUCUCUUCCAAGGCGUAAGGUCUCUCUAUCAGGCCUCGGAGCAGUCGCCCACCGACGUUCGCCGUUACGGGAUUGCAGCUUCGAGCGCGUCGUCCAGGUCACAAUCCCGACAGCCAAGUCCGCGAAGGCCCUCGGAUAGUGGUAGUAACGAAGACUUCCCCAUCCCGGCGGGAUUGUCGACGGAUCUUGUGGACCCGGUUGGAACACUUAACCUGGGUCACCUGAGUUUGGAAGAUGGAGGCAAAUCUAGGUAUGUUAUCCCCCAGAAUUACGGACAAAGGCAUAUACCGCUAAACAUAGUCUGUGCCCAUAGAUACGUCGGCACAACGUACUGGGCCUAUAUAUCUGAUGAGAUAAACGAACUAAACCAGUUACUUCGCGACCAGAAUAGAUCACAGCAGCAGCCACUGGCAUCCCCCGAUUCUGUUCGCGAUAUCGGAAACGUUCAUAUACCACCUUUGUCUACACAUUAUGAUGCUCAGAGUGGCCCCAGGCGGUUUUCCUCAAAGGAAGAACCUCGGGGCACGGGCCUCGUUGCAAGAGGGGAUUCGCCCCUUUCUUCCGAUCGUCCCAUCGAGGCUGAUAUGCUAGACUAUGUUCCAUCUAGGCGACAGAGCAAUAUUCUUUACAAAGGAUUCAUGUCUGGCAUCCACGCCAUCAGCCCUGUCGUCCACCCACCCACCGUCCUAGGACUAUACCAGUGCUUCUGGGAAUGGUACGAUAGCAGGGACCACAAAAAAACCCCGUUCCCGGAUCCCUCUUUCAUUCCACUUUUAUAUGCAAUAUGGUAUGGUGGUUCAGUGACGAUAUCUCUUCGAACGAUACAUGCAGAAUUCGACGUCGACAACCGCGCAGAACUUUCUGAACCUUUUCAUGAUGAAGUCACUCGAUGGCUGAAGAAAAUCUCCUUCCCAAGAAGUGCCACUCUUCACGGACUAGCCGCCUUCUUACUGGUUCAGACUAUCCUUUCAAAAGAAGAGGAGCCUUUGACGAGUAGCUUGUUUAUAAGCCUCGCACUUCGUGUUGCCCAGACCAUGGGUCUACAUCGAGACCCUGCGCAGUUCGGCAUCCCACCCUGUGAAGCAGAAAAUAGGCGAAGGCUGUGGUGGCAUAUUGUUCACAUGGAUGGGGUAGUUGCAAUGUCCAGUGGGCUACCUCCUUUAGUCAGUGAUGAGAACUAUUGGGAUGUGCGCAUUGCCAGUGAUGUCAAAGAUACCUUGAUCGGCAGUCCUGAGGCUGUGGAGUACGAGCGUCUGGUAAGCGAGAAUCGCAGAAAACCCGAUCGACCCAACGACCCAAACGUGUGUGGAAACUCAAUGGUAAACGUUUACUAUAUCUGUGCUAGAGGGAAAUACGUCAUGGCCCGGGCCAUUCGCAAGGUGCUUAGGAUCCAACUCGGCACAAAGCCUGUCACCCGGAAGGACAUGGAAGAUCUGAGGUCUAUUCUCAUGGAUCUACAAACCGACCUUCAUGCACUUGUCGACAGGAUACCAAUUCCAAAAUCAGUUUCGAAAAGGAACACAAAUCCUAAGUCGCUAGCCGGGCUCGCCACCUUGAAGCCGGAUUUACCGAACGGCGGCCCUGGCUGUCAUGAGCAGUACCACUCCUUGGUCUUGGCCGCUUUCCAUAAAUGGGCUCGAAUCCUCCUAUCGUUAUUCGUAGAUAAGGCAUUCUGCGUUGCUUACCAGCCGUUCCUGAAAAAUGCAAGAAGCAAAAUAUGGCCAGCUGCACGCCAGUGUGCCCUUCGUCACUGCCAUGGAUUUAUGGAAAAAUUCAUCGCUCUUGCGACCGACCCUGACUUCCAACCGUUCCAAUGGAGCUGGCCUGGCAAUCACCAACCAAUGCAUGCUACAAUGAUAAUGCUGAUCGACCUUUAUGAGCGGCCAAACACCCCAGAGGCACCAAUUUCACGUGCUUUUAUUGAUAAAAUAUUCUCUCUCUCGGGACCCGACGGUGGAGUGGUCGGCGGCGAGGAUGGGAUUUCCACUGCGAGACCUCUAAAGGAUGGCGGUCGGGAAGCCUGGGAUAUGAUGCGUCGACUUCGCGAAAAGGCCUGGCAGAAAGCUGGCCUUAAUCCAAAGGUCCUCUGGACCGAGCAUGCACAAGCACAAGCCGCCAUUUCACAGGAUCUCAGUUCGAAGAAUUCAACGCCAUCGCGCCCUGCAACAUCAGGAGCGAAGGAUCACAUCUCACCGCCUGCAAAUUUUGCCGAUAGCUAUUACGCGAUGAUCAAGGAGCCAUAUGAGAACCAUCAACCGUCGCAGAGGAUAUCGGCAGAGAGGGAAAAGCUGACAGGGAGCCCGAAAACGAGCACUGCGCGGACGAGUAAUGAUGAGUCGCGGCAUACACAUGCGAUUUGGCCGACACACAUUCCUGAUUCCAACCCCGGUCCGCACCUUUCCUCAACUUCAGCUGCAUGGGAUUCUUCACAAUCCAUGUCAGGAAUGAAAGCCUUCAAUCCUGGAUAUGGGCAGCCCCAUUCGCGAAAAUCAAGUGAGACAGCUAGGUUCAUGGACACUUCUAAUGGCUACAAUCAUCAUCACAAUAGUCCCAAUCAACCAGGGCGAGAUUCUUCCUCUACGAAAAGCUCAAGCGAAUCACAUACUAUUUCACCUUUCACGCCAAGCGCCGCGGGUCAUCUCCGAACUCAGGCUCUUGAUCCGAAUGUUAACUUUGACUGGGAUCAAUGGGAUGCUGUCUUUGGACAAUAUUUGCCGGUUGUGGAUGGGUUUAUGGAUGUGGACAACAUUGCUAACCAUAAUCAAAAUCAAAUGCAAUGCAAUGAAAUUGCAUUGAAUCAGGUACCAAUGAUGGGUGUGGAAUUAAGCUUUGACAAUGAAGCCCAUGAUGGAGAAGAAUUGAGGAACUGGGCUGACUUUGGAUAAAUAAAUACCUUGAAUAUAGUGAUAUAUAAUGCCACUGCCUGGCAAUCUGCCAGUGGGAGUAGUCUACUUGCUCAGAUCUGAUAUUUUGCAGAACUAGGUAUCAUUUUACUUCACAAGUCAGCUGCGGCUUCCCGCACUAGACGCCUGCAGUAUGUUGCUGGCUAAUAUUUGAUAAUGUUGACACUAAGGUUCACAGCAGUAUCUUAAUAUUUAGUGCAGUCUAGUGCUUCAAGAAGAAAAGAAAGCAUUUGUGAAGAUCAUA